GUGAACUGGACUCUCUUCUGUUGCUAUUGCUCUUGAAGGGGUUGUAGUUGUAGUCUGAGAUGAGAAACAUGAAUGUGUUGGUGCUUGUCGGCCUUGUGGCCGGCAUGUGUGGCGUGUGCGCUGGAAAACCUUUCGGAAAACGCGAACUGCCUGUGAAUGCGGCAGACCAAGCUGGCGCAGCUGGAAGCAACGGGACUUUGUCAGGUGACAUUGAUGCAGUCAUCCAGGGACUACAGAAACAGGUAGAAACAUUGAACGCUUCAAUGGCAGCAGAUAAAGCAAAGGAUGAUACGAUCAACAAGCUUACCAGCCUGGUCAGCAGCUUGAAUAAAGCCAUACCACUUAGCAAAAAAGAGACUCGACCUAUUGUCAAAAAUGUUGCAGACAAAGCAGGGAAGACCAGUGCAUUGAGCUGGGGUGACAUACUCACACAUCUUACUGAUCUUCUGAAAAAAAUACCAUUUAGUGCGAACGGAAGAGGUGACAAUGCUCCCCUUGAGCCAUCAUUUGAAGAAUCCUUCGAUCCACCAGUUGUAGAAUCCUUCGAUCCACCGGCUGAAGAACCCUCCGAUUUUUCAUUUGAAGAACCCUCCGAUUUUUCAUUUGGAGAUUUUGGUGGGUUUUUUUAACCAAUCGACCCUGAACCUGCGGAAGAACUGAUCGCGGCACCUGUUGGGGAACCGGAGAUACAAAAUGUUGAAGACAUUGGCUCGGAUGACAUUGCUCUUUAUGAUAUUGUUUCUGGCCACUUCGGAUCUUUUAAUAGGUUUGAAUUACGACGAUGAUGGCAGGUUUGAGACACGCCUUCAUGCGCUGUAAUGGUGGUCUUGACAUACACCAUUUGUCUAUUUGACUUUAUUCUUCAAACACUAACCACUUCUUCUGUUUUAGUGGUUUGCACUGUCAUAGAGGAGAAAACUGGCGAAAGCUAGUUUUUAGAGUCUUUAUUUCAAUUAUAUCACUU